AGCGGACUCUGAUGGCCCUAAAUGCGCACUGGCCUUCUCCCAUUACUGUGAGUAAGAGAGACUCACACUGGUCCAUGAGGAGUGACCCCGCAGGGAUGCUCGUUCUACUGCCCAGCGAGUGACCGCGCUGUUUGACUGAGCGUUUAGUGAGAAGCGGCUUUGGGGCGCCUACGCUGGACUGCAGGCGGGACUCAGACAUGCUGGCUGCCGCUUUAACCCUCGUACUCGGAGUGGCUGCUGUCUUCUCGGCUCAGGAUGUCUGCAAGUCAGGUCAGUACACGAAAGGCGGGGAGUGCUGUAAGCAGUGCCAGCCUGGCGAGGGCAUGGUUAAGCCCUGUGGACAGACGCAGACAGAGUGUGAGCCGUGCCUGGACAGUGAAUCGUUCUCUGAGAACUUCAGCCACACAGAGCAGUGCCAGCCGUGCACACAGUGUGUGGGACUGCUGCGCAUGGAGACGCCCUGCACGGACUCCAACGAUGCCGUCUGCGUGUGCGACUAUGGCUACUUCCUGUCGACGGUGACGGGCCGGUGCGAGGCAUGCACCGUGUGCCCCCCGGGUCAGGGAGUGCUGAUGCGCUGCGAGUCUGACCGGGACACCAUGUGUGAGACGUGCCAGGAUGACACCUUCUCGGACCAGGACAGUAACCUGGAGCCCUGCUUGCCCUGCACCGCAUGUGAGGAGCAGGGGGAGCUGGAGCACUGCAGCUCCACACGAGACACCAUCUGCCUGGGUGGGCCAGGGACAGCAGAUGGGAAUCUUUCAAACCCCUCGAGCUCUCCUCUCUCUCCGGUAGAGCUGUCCCCCAUCACCUUCACCGAUGACUUCACACCGGAAGAGUCUACAGAUAGGAUCAUGGAUAGCACGCCAACAGCCAAUCCCCAGGAGGUGAGACCGGGCCUUCGCCUCAGCGACAAUCUCAUCCCCUUGUAUGUGUCCAUCCUGCCCGCUGUGGUGCUCGGCAUCGUGGCCUUCAUCAUCAUCAAACGGUGGAACAGCUGCAAACACAACAAACAGGACAGCAACAACCGAUCAGGCACAGCCAACCCCAGCCAGACGCCCUCGCCCGAGGGAGAGAAGCUGCACAGUGACAGUGGCAUCUCAGUGGACAGCCAGAGCCUACAGGAGGGUCAGGGACUUCCACAGACAGUGGUUAAGAUAGACGGAGGCCUGCCACUGACGCUGUCCUUGCACACGUGUGAGGAGGUGGAGAAACUGCUCAGCGACAGCUGCGACAGUGAUGGACCGGGGGCCAUGCAGGAAACCGACUGGUGCAGUCUGGCUGGGCUGCUGGGAUACGAAGAGGAGCGUAUCGCCUCCUUCCGGCAGGAGGAAAGACCCAUCCAGGCCCUGCUGUCCGACUGGGCCAGUCAGGAUACGGCCAGCGUGGACACGCUGUGCACGGCCCUUAGGAAGAUCAACCGAGAAGAUAUCGCUCAGAGCAUCAUGCUGAAGCCCACUGCCACAUCUACUGUAUGAGGGAGAGGCGUGUACACACACACACACACACACACACACACACACACACACACACACACACACACACACUUAUACUGCUAAAAGCCAUAUCCACGGCUCCAAAACACAGCCAUAGCCUCAUACCCUGAUGUGUACUGCAGUAUACAGCCCAUCAUGCUAACUCGCUAAAGUGUUAAUGCCAUGUGCCACAAGCCUCUUAAACCUGAACCAAGGCUGGACUUUUUGGAAUUACGUCAGUAUUUGCCACUUUUUUUUUUUUUUUUUGCAUGUGCCAUUCAGUUUUGACCAACAAACCAACAAUGUCAUGGUAGCUAACCCGCUAACCCCCUCAGGUUUGGUCCUGGAGGCUCACAGUCCAGCAAAGUUGGGUGUUUUUUCCAGCUCGGGCACCUGGUAAUUAAAUAGAGGUGUCACAGCACAAGAUAUCUCUUGAGAGGCUCAACCGUCUACUCUUUGUCUUUAUCAUCAGGAGAUCACAAGUUCAAUCCCCAGCGUUGCCACAGCCAUGUGUAGCUCGCUGUCCAAGGGAGCAUAAUCUCCCCCCAUCACUCAGCCAGAGUAGGCAUCUGUUAGCCGACAUAACAGUUCCAAAUGUGUUGAGCUGUCCAGUGAGCGCAUGCUAGCCUUCACUCUCCUAACUUGGUAGCAUCGUGACCUAACUAGCAGGUGGAAUCAGCCAUAAUUAAUUUGGGUGGAAAUAAGAAUAAAAAAUAAAGUCCAAAAAGUACUCAAGGACUCAUUUUAAUACUCCAUACACAUCAGGCUUCGCCUCAGAAGGAAACACAAGGGGAAAAAAAGCCACACGGUUUGUAAUCGGGGUAGUUUGGCUCAGGGAUAACACAUUAGCUAGCAUGCUUGUUUAGGUCUAACACAUUAGACUGCAGCUAGCAUCUUGGCGUGGGAAAGUGCAUCAGCCAAGCUAAUUAGCUGCUAGUGCCAAGCUAGAGCACUAACACCAAGCUAGCAUGCCUGCCUAGCGUUAGUUGGGUUGGCAGUAGUGCAUUAGCUCAUGGCUAACUUACUAGAUUGUUGUCAUUAGCCUUGGGCUAGUGAGUUAGGUAAUGGGUAGCAUUUUAGCUCAUGGCUAGUGCAUUAGCUCAUGGCUAACUUAAUAGAUUGCUGUCAUUAGCCUUAGGCUAGUGAGUUAGGUAAUGGGUAACAUUUUAGCUCAUGGCUAGUGCAUUAGCUAAUGGCUAACUUAAUAGAUUGCUGUCAUUAGCCUUGGGCUAGUGAGUUAGGUAAUGGGUAGCAUUUUAGCUCAUGGCUAGUGCAUUAGCUCAUGGCUAACUUAAUAGAUUGUUGUCAUUAGCUUGGGGCUAGUGCAUUAGGUAAUGGGUAGCAUUUUAGCUCAUGGCUCGUGUCAGCUUAUGACCACUGUGUUAGCUCAGGGCUAGCAUAUUAGCUCUCAGUGGCAAUGGCAUAACCACUUAUCUGCCUUCUCAUUUAGUGGAAUUGGAAGGAAACAGGUCAGUUCUGUGUUGUUAAUCUAAUAUGACGUUUCAUAUUUUUUCCUGCGUUAUUUUUUCUUUCACACCACGUCUCAUUUCAUCUGAUGACCUUAAAAAAGUACAGCACUAGUUUAGUGUUCAUACGUGGCUUUACCAGUUUGAAUGGAUGAAAUUCCAGUGUACCAUUAAAAAUUUCAAACAGCGCACCUUUAUAUUGUUGGUUGCUCUAAUACUGCCAUGUCAACAGUGACAUAUUUACACAAAGCACAUUUCUAGGCAUUAAUUCAGUGGUACUGAAAAAUGUAUUGAAUCACGGCACCACCAUAUCAAACCAAAUAAAAAAUGUGAAUCCAGCUGGAAAAUCAUCAAACUCUUCUUGACUCUGGACCCUCCAGGCCUGAAAUUGAGGACCUUUCAUUUUCUGCCUCCUCUAGUCAUUUGCCUAUUGACAGCACAAACCUGCAUUACCCAGAAACCCAUUUCCAUACAUCAUAUAAACGUUCAUUACCAUCUCCAGUACAGUAUUUAACCCAUUGACACUCUGCUCAUCCCAAAUAGCUUACAUGUCAGUUUGUGGCAAAUCUUGACGUUUCUCAGACAGAUCCGUGGUCGAAAACAGCCAGUCUUGCCUUUCAGUAACUCUUCGUCAUCCAUCAUAAUCAUUCUCUCCGGUGUACAAGCUUGUGGUUUUUCAGAAAUCUGAACGAAAGAUUCUGAGAUCUCACGGAAGAUUCUGAGGGUUGUAUAUUCUGUAAAAUACACCAUAGAGAUGCAAAUCGUUAAUAGUUGACAUUGCCUGGAGGCUAAAAGGCCCCACAGCUAUUUGAGGAUGAACUUCACGGGAGGAGCUCUAAACUAAAAAGAGAGACUCUGUAGAGGGAGAGUGUGAAGGAGGAAAGAAAGAGAAUCGCAUGUGUGAUAAUGCUAAUGGGUUCAUAUUCCUUUGGUACGUUGCCAUGUUAACGCCUUCAUUACCCAAAACCAAAACAUCUACAUUGCAUCACCUCAGUUGCCAAUAUUAUCUUUAUCAUCUCAUCAAUAUUAGUCUUUGCCCCUUAAUUGCAUUAAUUUUGAAAUAGAUAUGAACAUUUUUAUGCUUUGUAUUAUUCACAGUUGCAUAAUUACUAGAAACAUUAAAAAGUAAAAUAAUCUUGGAGGUAUUUUGCAUUUUGUUGCCAUAUGGCAACAGCAUGUGGCAAUGCAGCAAGCUGUUUAGGAGACAAAUAUUAAGUACAAUCUGUGUAGAAAUUGAUAUGAACAUUUUUAUGAUUUUUAUAUUGACAAUAGUAUAAUUACUACAUUAAAAGAUAAAAUUAAUUUGGGGUAUUUUGCAUUUUGUUGCCAUGUGGCAACAGCAUUGGUAAGCUGCAGUGUACAUAACGGGAGGAAACCAGUUCAAUUCCAAUAGACAAAUUCAUCAUCUAGGCACAAAAAACCUGCUUAACAGCCACAAAUGAAAGAAUACAGGAUGGAAUAAGAAAAUUUGUGACGCAAAAUCAAAAAUCGAAAUUCAGGACACAAGCUGUUUGUUGUAUUCUGCGUAUCAAGGCGAAUGUUGUGUUUACAAGUGGAGUCAAGCCUGUAGUGGAGAAGGUCUUGUGUGUUUUAUCUUUUCGUGAUAUUUGACAAGAAUAGAAAUGAUAAAUCAUUGAUAAUAAAUCAUAAACUGCUUGUUCCUUGUAGAAACCAUGAAAUAAGGUAGCAGACUGCUCAAAAAUGUUUACGCCCAUCUGUGCUGAAAAAAAACAGCAUUUUAAAAUGACUCUUUGUAAAUUUUUAUUAGCGUCCAAAUGAUUUCUCUUUUUUGUGUUAACUUUUUUGUCUGUUUUCUCUUUUGGGGGGAAAAACAGAUUUUGACCAUUUUCAGUUGAACAAUUUUGAUGGCAGAAAUUUUGGUACAAUCCUAAUAAAAAUAAUUAUACUGACAAAACUAUCAACAUCAAACGUAAAAGUUAAGCGUAAAAUAGCAGUUUGCAAUGGAAUUGUAUUCAUUUAUUCCCAUUAUAUGCUGUUGCUAUAUGGCAACAGUUAUAUUUUAGCAUUUUAUUUUAAACCCAUAAAUUCUGAACUGGUUUUAUUUCUGAAAAAGAAAUUGUAACCUCCCACAGAUUGUACUUAAUUUUUGUUUCUUAAACUUUGGCGGGAGGGGAGAGAGUUUCAGAGGCCUCGCCUCGCCAUGUGAUCUGUUUAUGGAAAGUACACACUGUGAUAAGAAGGUGUUUGAAUAGAUACCAUUUUAUUCUGGGCAAAAAAAGGUCGCUGUUGCCAUAUGGCAACACUGUGCAGUUAAGGGUUAAUGUUUUGUCAACUUUCCGUAAUAUUGGUUUGUUUCGCCCACGCUUGAUAGAUGUGAAGCGAGGAAAAUUCUCAGAAAGGCUUUCGCUGUCCUGGUGGUCCAUCUGAAAUCUGAGAAGCGUUUUUUUGUUUUCUUCUUGUUUUUAACAGGAAGGUAAAAUGAUACUGGUCACUACCUGCCCAGGGUCAUCACCAUGACAAAAGAGCUUGGUCAUAGAGUCUGUGACCUAGAUAGAGUGACACACAUACACCAAAGAAACGAGCUACCCACACACAAAGUGAACUGGCAUCACAUAUGUCCAAUUCAGGUUAAUUUAAAGUGACUUAAAUGAGCAAAGGAAACAAGACACCGCCUAACAGCCAAAUGACACAAUAUGGAAGGCAUCACGUCUUAUUCCUCCUCCGUCCCAUGAAAUAAAGUGGGGAGGAGAAGCUAAAGGCCUGAAAAGGAGUUACACGAAUAAUUCUUGACAGGUUAAUGACGGUACGUGUAGAAUUUCUCAGGGGUUAUUUUAUAUGUGACGCUGUCCAUCUUCAAAGGUCACUCUCCAAAGGUUACACAUGUCGUACAACAGAGGCCUUAUUACGUAUGGUGGUUUGAAGGAAGCAUUAGUUGAACUAAAACCAGAAAAAAGACAUUUUACCUUAGAUGGGGUUCACACUGUAUGUGUACAAUGUGAUUUACUGGCUGUUUUUCAUGCUGGCCACCUCACGUUUAACCUUCAAGUAGUUUCGUGUUUACUCAGCGCUGACCCGUCAGAUGAAAGAUGAGACAGGCUUUCAGUGACAGCUGUAAUGGAGGAGAGAUUUUAGUGUUUCAGUCGUGUACUGAAAGAAAUGAUCACGACAUGAACCCCAAAAAGGUGCUUUUUUGGGUUUUAGCUCGCAGCACCAGGCUAGUUAAUAGUCGUCAGGGCCAUUCCAUGAUUAAAUUAUAUGAUGCAGACCAGCCCACCCCAAACUCCGACUGUAUUUUCUCUGAGGGAAAAAAGGAAGGGGGGAAAAGAUGAUAGCAAAGCGAAGUUAGCUGGCUUUUUAACAGGCUUACAGCUAGCUUAGCCGAGAAAAGCUAUUUAACCACUGUGUUCAAAUUAAGUUAGCUAACAGCUAAACUCUGAGCAUCUUAUCAUUUCCUACUCCUAUUUAUUUGCUGUAAUAAGAUAGCUAAUUAGCCAGAUAACUUCUAAAUCAGGACAGUUUAUAUAGAAGAGAUGCAAACUAAUGCUAGCUGGCUAAGUUCCUGUCAGCAUUUCACAUUGUCAGGCUGCUUAUAAUAUUUCAGCAUUUCACUGCAUCCUCAUCAGGCUUUUUGUUCUUGACCUCUGGACAAUGUUUUUUUGACAUUGCUGUCCAUCUUCAUAUGAUUUGCAUAUGAAAACCGCUUCAUUGCUAAGUAAUGCAAGAAUUAGAGCACUGCCUGUUGUGCUAAUCAGCUCCAGACCAAAUUUAAGCAAGCUAAUCUCUACCGACUCUACAGUCAGCAAACUGAGGUGGCCACUGAUGUAACCCCUAAUUUGCUACAAAUAUAAUCUUGGCUGUAAUGUUUAUCAUGCGCCAUGCAAGCGUUUAUACACUGAUCUUUGUACCUUCACUCAUUGUCCAUUUGAUCAGCUCCACUGACCAUAUAGGUGCACUUUGUAGUCCUACAGUUACAGACUGUAGUCCAUCUGUU